AUGCUAGCAGCGCUAGUCGCCGCUCUCACUGCCAACGCGCAGUCCGUCGACCCAGGCGUUGGCGUAAACCCCAAGGCCCAAGGCGCAACCGAAGACGUCACUAAAACCACCGGACCUAAUGGAUCGGAAGACUGGCUCAACACCGGAAUCACCGGCGACGGCUGGAACCCGCCAUUCCUCGCACUGGAUGACAUCUACCACGUCUCCCUCGACGAUUUCUACGGCAGCAUCGGGUCCCCCUGCAAGCAAUAUGACCAGUACUUCCAGAGCGCAGGCUCGAAGUACGGCGUGGACCCUGUCUUUCUGGCUGUCAUCGCGAUGCAGGAGUCCUCCUGUAAUGCGAGUGCCGGGGGACCCACGCCGGGACUGAUGCAGGUAUCCUGUGACAACUAUCCCAACGGACAGUGCACGGAUUCAAUCCAGGACAAUGUAGAUGCGGGCACAAACUAUCUCGAGUCGCAGCUGAACUCGACGGGUGGGAAUGCCAUCGAGGCGUUUGGGUCUUAUAAUGGGUGGUUCACGGCUGGUAGUGGGCUGAAUAACAACCAGGGCCUGACUGAGAGUUACCCUUGCUCUUCGGAGGGUCAGGCGAAUGGCGUUCCGCAGAACUUGGACUACCUGCACCAGGUCAUGAAUGGUUGGUUGAUGGGUCUGGAUGUGUACGGUGCCCAGAACUGGAUUGGUAGCUACCAGUGUGACCAGUCGUGUAGCGAUGGAGGCAAGUGUUGA